AUGAUAUUCCGUUACGGUGGGAAAGGUGGCAAUGCCAACAGAUUUCCCACAAAGGAAGAUUGUGAGGAAGCAAUUACGGACUGCGCACAGGAAGUGGAGGAAGACAUAUGCAAGAUGCUCCUGGAUGUGGGAUACGGUGGGUCUCACUUUGAGCUUUUUGGAUACGAUAAGGGUGCAAGAAUGUGCAAGAAAUUCCUUUACGGUGGGGAGGGCGGCAAUCGUAACGCAUUCGAGACGCUGCAGCAAUGUGAGGAAGCAAGCAUGAACUGCUCGACGAUUGAGGAAGAGGAGGACAUAUGCCAAAUGCCCCUGGAAGAGGGAUAUGGUGAGGUAGACUUUUGGCUUUAUGGGUACGAUAAGAAUGCAAGAAUUUGCAAACAGUUCCUUUACGGUGGGGUGGGCGGCAAUCGCAACGCAUUCCAGACGCUGCAGCAAUGUGUGGAAGCAAGCAAGGACUGCCCACAGAUUGGUAUGUCAUGCCUUGGAGCAAAUUCUCUGUUCGUAUGUGCAUAUUCCUCUCGCCGGUGUUCUUUUUAA